CUCUGAGAAAUUUUAUAUGACUCUUUUCUGAUUCUGGAGUUUGGAAACUGAGGUCAACUUUAGUAUGGUUUAUGAAGCCUCUCUUUGCCCAGAGAGCUGCAGAUCUGAGCCCUGAAAAGAAAGGAUAUUGGGCACAGCUGAAUGGCUCCGUUGACCUCACUCUGGUUUCCAGCCUAGGAAGGGCUGACAGGCUCCAGCACUUUCUUCCAGGGUCUGCAAAGGGCAGAGGCUUGAAGUUAGGCAUCAUAGGGUUCUCAGCUGGGCCUCUAAGACCCCUCCUCCCACUUUGCAGAGCAAAGAGGAGGCAGCUGCAGAGGAUAUGAGCUCGGUUCUCUGCUCCUCCCUCUCCUUGCUUUUCCCUACACCCACCCUCUCCCCCACAGCAGCCAUCUCCCCCACAGAGACUGGGAAGAGGGAGGGGGCGGGGUUGGGGACUGAGGGAUCAGAAGCCCCACAGCGCCCUGUCUCUGAAGGAAGCUCUGGCCAGGGCAGCUGUGCUGGCUCAUGCUCCCCUCCUAGUGCUGCGCGCCCCCUCCGGCAUGAUGCUGGGGACUCUGGGCCUUUGGGUACCACUUCCCACAGCUGUGCGCGGUAAGUGUCUACAGGGAGGGGCAGGGCCUUUUCACUCACCCACAGAGGGAAAGGGGCACUGGAAGCAGCAGCCACACCCUUGAAAGCGUGAGUGGGGUGGGUAAGUGAGGGCAAAAAGUAGAGCCAUGUGUCCCCACGGUGAGGUCAGGUUCCAGACCUCUGCUGACCCUGUUUCCUCCUCUGGGUUUACUGUGCUGGCCCUAGGGUAUGAAACAGGUUGCGUCUCUCCUUUUGGCUGCUGCUUUGGCCCCUGCAUUCAUGCCCAUCUUGAACCCUCCCCUCUCCCCACCCUGGGCCACAGCACCCCCAAGCAGGCGGACCUGUGUGUUCUUUGAGGCCCCUGGAGUGCGGGGAAGCACAAAGACACUGGGGAAGCUGCUAGAUGCAGGACCAGGGCCCCCCAGGGUUAUCCGCUGCCUCUACAGCCGCUGCUGUUUUGGGAUCUGGAACCUGACCCAAGACCAGGCACAGGUGGAGAUGCAAGGAUGCCGAGACAGUGAUGAGCCAGACUGUGAGUCCCCCCACUGUGACCUGAGCCCCCGAGCCCACCCCAGCCCCAGGUCCACUCUCUUCACCUGCUCCUGUGGCACUGACUUCUGCAAUGCCAAUUACAGCCAUCUGCCUCCUCCAGGGAGCCCUGGGACUUCUGGCUCCCAGGGUCCCCCACCUGUCCCAGGCGAGUCCAUCUGGAUGGCACUGGUGCUGCUGGGGCUAUUCUUCCUCCUCCUGCUGCUGCUGGGCAGCAUCAUCUUGGCCCUGCUACAGCGAAAGGCCUGCAGAGUACAAGGUGGGCCAGAGCCAGAGCCAGAGCCAGACUCAGGCAGGGACUGGAGUGCUGAGCUGCCCGAGCUGCCCGAGCUGCCCGAGCUGCCUGAGCUGCGUUUCUCCCAGGUAAUCUGGGAAGGAGGUCACACAGUGGUGUGGGCUGGGCGGCUGCAAGGCAAACUGGUAGCCAUCAAGGCCUUCUCCCGGAGGGCUGUGGCCCAGUUCCAAGCUGAGAGAGCGGUGUACGAACUGCCAGGCCUACAGCACGACCACAUUGUCCGCUUUAUCACCGCCAGCAGAGGGGGCCCUGGCCCCCUGCCCUGUGGGCCCCUGCUGGUACUGGAACUGCACCCGAAGGGCUCCCUGUGCCACUACUUGACCCAGCACACCAGUGACUGGGGAAGUUCCAUGCGGAUGGCACUGUCUCUGGUGCAGGGCCUGGCAUUUCUCCAUGAGGAGCGCUGGCAGGAUGGCCAAUAUAAACCAGGUAUCGCCCACCGAGAUCUGAGCAGCCAGAAUGUGCUCAUUCGGGAGGAUGGGUCGUGUGCCAUUGGAGACCUGGGCCUUGCCUUGGUGCUCCCUGGCCUCACCCAGCCUCCCACGUGGGCCCCUACUCAACCCCGAGGCCCAGCUGCCAUCAUGGAGGCUGGCACCCAGAGAUACAUGGCGCCAGAGCUCUUGGACAAGACUCUGGACCUACAGGACUGGGGCACGGCCCUCCGACAAGCCGAUGUGUACUCUCUGGCUCUGCUCCUAUGGGAGAUCCUGAGCCGCUGCCCAGAUUUGUGGCCUGACAGCAGACCACCACCCUUCCAACUGGCCUAUGAGGCAGAACUGGGCAGCACUCCCACCACCUGUGAGCUGUGGACCUUGGCUGUAGAGGAGAGAAGGCGCCCCUACAUCCCAUCCACCUGGCACUGCUUCACCACAGACCCUGGCGGCCUGAGAGAGCUGCUAGAGGACUGCUGGGAUGCAGACCCAGAAGCGCGGCUGACGGCGGGGUGUGUACAGCGGCGCCUGGCCGCCCUGGCCCAACCUCAGGAGGCCUGCCCCUCCCCAGAGAGCUGUGCCCAUGGCUGCCCACCUCUCUGCCCAGAAGACUGCCUCUCAACUCCCCCCACUGCCAUUCCCCUUUGUAGGCCUCAGCCGAAUGUCUGCUCCUUCAGCAUUCAGCAAGGCCCUUGUUCCAGGAAUCCUCCUGUACCAUGUCUCACCUGUAAAUGUGCAGCUUAUGUAUAAUCUAUGUACGUGCAAACAUAAAGGGGCUGAUCGGAUGCCCGGCUGCUCUGCCUCACCACUCACUGCCUUUCCUAUUUGCCGAAUGCCUGGAUCCUUCUGUGGGCAUCCAGUACACUGCAGUCCUGACCAGGGACUAAGGGGUGGGUGUGCAUAGGAAAGAGGUAAAGUCAGCUUUAUCUCCAUGUCCUUGGGCCUUCCCCACUUCAUGUGAUCCUGGGCUCCUCCUGUCUCUCUUCUUUUCCUUCUCUAGCACAAGCCUUCUUUGGGUGGGAUCACAAGGCGGUCAUUGGGGAAAGAUGAAAUCGCUGCUCUGCAGGUGCCCUUGUGGGGGGCCUGCCCAGGGUCCUGAGGCUGAGUGGGAAGGCCUCACAGAGCACAGGAAGCUUGGGUUUUCAAUGAGCAGUUUUCCAGGAGUGGCUGGGGCAGUAGGUGUAGUGUCCCAUGGUGCGGGCCGAAGCUGCAAGGAACCUGGGUAGCAGAAGCAUAGGCUGUGUGGAGGAGAGAGAGGAGAGGUUCUGUGUAGAACUGUAGGCAAGGCCUUGUGAGUCCUACUGAGAAGUUCUUCCUUCAUUUCUUUUUGUUCUUCUCUACCGGCUUUUCUUUCCCACCCCAGACCCCUUUCAUACUGGGCGCCCCACAGGGACAUUUCACUCUGGGUACCUGGCUUAUAGCCCUAGUUCAGUUUCUUUUUUUUUUUUUAAGUGUUUUUGUUUGUUUGUUUGUUUUUAUUUUUUUUUAAGAUUUUAUUUAUUUAUUCAUGAGAGACAGAGAGAGAGAGAAGCAGAGGGAGAAGCAGGCUCCCAAGGAGCAGGGAGCCCGAUGCGGGACUCAAUCCCAGGACGCUGGGAUCAUGACCUGAGCCGCAGGCCGACGCUUAACCAUCUGAGCCACCCAGGCGCCCUGUUUUUUUGUUUUUAAGUAAUAUCUAUACCCAAUGUGGGGCUUGAACUCCUGACCUCAAGAUCAAGUCCCAUGCUCCUCCAAUUGAGCUGGCCAGGCAUGCCCGCCCUCCCCUCCCCGUUUAGUUUCUAACUGACUGCUCUUGGGGAAGUUACAUUUUCUUUCUAGGCCUCAGGUUUCUCAUUUGCUAAAUCAGGGGGUUGAGGCCCUCUGGUCUAACUCCAGUAGAGCAAUGGGAAGGCUUUGACUUCACUACAACAGGAUUGAUUCCUGGUCAGUGACCAACGAGCCCUGUGUCUUUGAGCAAGUUACUUAACCCUAGCAAUCUGUUUUAUCAUGUAUAAAAUAUGGGUAAAAAUACCUACCCUGCUUGCAGAGUUUAUUCAGGGUAAACAAGAAAUGGUGACAGGUCUUGUACAGCACCUGUCCUCAGUGGACACUGUAAAUGGGAACAGUUGUGACUGAAUGUUGAGAUGAUCUCUCGUCCCUUUCCAUGUUGGUUGUUCCAGCAUUAGCCUCUGCAGAGCCUGUCCACUCUCAAGCCCUGAGACUUCACUUUCCUUCAGAACUCUAAUUCUUUACAAGACAUCAUCACGGGAACAGGCAGUCACCACCUGAAACUAAACACAUCGAAAUCCAAGCUGCUGCCUUCACCGAGAGGGCUGCCUUCCCCUCUUCCCUGGCUCUCAAGAGCACCAAGUCCCUUUCUCUCUCUCUCUUUUGGUAAUCUCUACACCCAAUGUGGGGCUCAAACUCAUGACUCUGAGAUCAAGAGUCAAAUGCUCUUCUGACUGAGCCACCCUGCACUAAGUUUCUCUUGGUCCUAGAGGAUCCCCACAAGGAAGGUGUUCUGUCUGCUCUGUGACCCCAACUCGUCCCCCCCACCCAUAUCCAGUCAGUUCUCCAGUCCCACUGAGGUUGCAGGCCCCAACUAUUGCAAUUGCCUCUUGGCCACCUAUUUUCCCCCCAGUCUUGGUUAAACACCAGGCUCUGAAUAAUCUUCAUUUUUUUUUUUUUUUAAGAUUUUAUUUAUGUAUUUGAGAGAGAGAGUGUGAGAGAGAGCUAGAUCAUGAGCAGGGGGCAGAGGGAGAGGAAGAAGCAGGCCUCCCGCUGAGCAGGGAGCCCGAUGCAGGUCUCGAUCCCAGGACCCUGAGAUCAUGACCUGAGCCGGAGGCAGCCGCUUAACCGACUGAGCCACCCAGGCAUGCCCAAUAAAUAAAAUCUUUAAGAAAAAAAAAAAUAAACAUAACUUUUAUUAUGUGUUGCCUCUGCCCAAGUAGGCUACUUGCCUUUUUCAUGACAAUCCUGUGAGCACCACUUACGGAGGAGGAAACCAAGGGCUCAGAGAAGUUUAGAAAUGUGUGCAAGACCUCACAGAUUUUAAAUAAAAGAGUAGGGAUUUUCAGCCAUUAAAAACGAUAUUUAAAAAACAAAACAAGGGGCACCUGGGUGGCUCGGUCAGUUAAGCGUCGUCUGCCUUUGGCUCAGGUCGUGAUCUCAGGGUCCUGGGAUUGAGCCCUGCGUUGGCCUACCUGUUCAGCAGGGAGUCUGCUUCUCCCUCAACCCCUCCCCCCACCACUGGUGUGUGCUCUCUCUCUCAAGUAAAUAAAUAAAAAUCUUAAAAAAAAAAAAAAAAAGAUAUUUAUGAUGCCAUAAAUUAUUAGAAAUGGAUAAUGUCACAUGAAAAGAAUUUACAAACAUAUGCUGACAAGCCUAGGAUUAUGUUAAAUCAAAAAUAAACCUAUGAUCGGGGUACCUGGUUGGCUCAGUCAGAAGAGCAUGUGAUUCUUGAUCUCAGGGCCAUGAGUUCAAGUCCCACAUGGGGUGUAGAGAUUACUUAAAUAAAUAAAAAAAACUUUAAAAAAAAACUAUGAUCACAAGAAAAACAAAUCCCAAUAGAGGAACAUUUUACAAAAUACCAACUAGUACUUCUCAAAAUUAUCAAGAUUAUCAAAAAGAAAGUCUAGGGGCGCCGGGCUGGCUCAAUCAGUAGAGCAUGUGACUCAUGAUCUUGGGGUUGUGAGUUUGAGCCCCACAUUGGGUGUAGAGAUGACUUUAAAGUGAAAUCUUUUUUUUUUUUUUUUUUUAGAUUUUAUUCAUCCAUUUGACAUAGAGAGAGAGCACAAGCAUGGGGAAUGGCAGGCAGAGGGAGAAGCAGGCUUCCCACUGAGCAAGGAGCCUGAUGCAGGCUCCAUCCCAGGACCCUGGGAUCAUGACCUGAGCCAAAGGGAGACAUUUAACUGACUCAGCCACCCAGGCGCCCCUAAAAUAAAAUCUUAACAAAGAAAAAAACAAAAAACAAAGAAAGUCUAAAAAACUGUCACAACUGGGGCACCUGGGUAGCUCAGUUGUUCGGCAUCUACCUUCGGCUCAGGUCAUGGUCCUGGGGUCCUGGGAUCAAGACCCGCAUCGGGCUCCCUGCUCAGCGGGAAGCCUGCUUCUCCCUCUCCCACCCCCCCCUGCUUGUGUUCCCCCUCUCACUGUGUCUCUCUCUCUGUCAAGUAAAUAAAUAAAAUCUUAAAAAAAAACCAAACAACUGUCACAACCAAGAGGAGGCUAAGGAGACAUGAAAACUAGAUAUAAUGUGAUAUCCUGGAUAAGAUCCCAGAAUAGGAAAAGGACAUUGGGUGAAAACUAAAUAAAUCUGAAUAAAAGUAUGGAGUUUAGUUUCUCAAUCUUUCUGUAAAUCUAAAACUGUUCCAAAAAAAUAAAGCUUAUUAAACAGAACAAAACAAAACUAUGACCAUCAUAAUGGCCAUAAAUACAAAGAACAAUGGGAGGGUUGUGGUAAGCAUGACAAUGCCUACUUGUAGUAUUUUUGAGUAGGUGUGUUGUAAUAUGUUGUAAUGUCAUUAACAUAAAAGCUAGAAAACUUAGAUUAUAAUCUUGGCUCUCCUAACUGUGAACUCUUAGAAAUGUUUAUUUAAUUUUCUCAGAAAAUUGAAUGAAUUAUUCUCUGAGUCAUUUCCAAUCCAAUGCUUCCACGAUUCUAUGAUAAAAUAUUAAAGUCCCCAUUGUGAAGAUUAUUUCACUAAAUCGAGUAUGCUAUUGCUGAUUAGUGAUUCCAUGCUCAUAGAGAUGCAGAGUGCAUCACAGAGAUGCAAUAAAUUGUAUCCCUCACAUCCAGUUCCCCCUAUUAUUAACAUCUUACAUUAGUAUGGUAUGCUUGUUACCUUAAUGAUCCAAUAUUGCUUUGUGAUUAAGUGAUUUUUUUUUAAAGAUUUUAUUUAUUUAUUUGAGAGAGAGAGAAUGAGAGACAGAGAGCACGAGAGGGAAGAGGGCAGAGGGAGAAGCAGACCCCCUGCUGAGGAGGGGGCCCGAUGUGGGACUCGAUCCCGGGACUCCAGGAUCAUGACCUGAGCGGAAAGCAGUCGCUUAACCAACUGAGCCACCCAGGCGCCCCUGAUUAAGUGAUUAUUAACUAAUCUCCAUACUUCAUUUUUUUAAAAGAUUUUAUUUAUUUAUUCAUGAGAGACAGAGAGAGAGAGAGAGAGAGGCAGAGGGAGAAGCAGGCUCCCCGCUGAGCAGGGAGUCGGAUGCGGGACUCAAUCCCAGAACCCUGGAAUCGUGACCUGAGUCGAAGGCAGAAGCUUAACCAUCUGAGCCACCCAGGCGCCCAAUCUCCAUACUUUAUAAGUACACUUUUUAGAAACUCAAAAACAUAAAUCUCUGAAUAGAGUCAGACUCAAGGAAGGGAAACUACGUGGCUGAACACAGGGCUGCUGGAUGGUGGGAAGAAGACUGAUUCUUGACUUUCCAACUUUUUUUUUUUACCUCUUGGAUUUUGAACUAUUUGCCUGUUUUGGCUAUUAAAAUUUAGUAUUUACUUAAAAAGUUUAUGCCAGAAAAAAAGAUGGAAAUAUUCUAAAAUAACAGUAGUGAUUCUGUUUAGAUAAAUGGGGCCUCAAAAAAGUUUGCUUUUUCUUUCUGCCUUUCUGUUUUCCAAAUUUUCUUUAAUUCUCAUGAAUCACUUAAUAGAUUAUUGAAAGCACAUAAACAAAUUUACUAUCACCAGGAAAUAUUCCUUGAAAAACCACAUGUGACUUUACAUUGUCUCCCUUCGUACUUAGGAGCUCAACUUGUAACAAUAUGUUGUUUGCUGAAACUUCAUUUGUGAGCAUCACAUUCUCACCUGGACUGUAACUAAGAGCAUGGAGGGUGUGGAGGAACAUAGUUUAUAUCCCUUCCUGUUCCUUUAUAGCACCCAGUUCAGGACUCUGCAUAUAGCUUGGUGGACUGGAUAGAGUCCUUAGUUCCUGACCUGAAUCUGCCAUUAACUGAGGCGAAACCUGCAAUAAACCAUUCUGCUUUCUGAGCCUCAUUUUUCUCAUCUGUUCAAGGAGGGUGCAUUCACUUUUAAUGUGCUAAAUUUAUUUUCAAUAAAUGUUUUUUGACCAACAGACCUGAUAGGAAAAAGAUAAAGUCCUUGAUAGGAAAAAGAUAAAGACCAUAUUUGGUUCCAUGAGAAAGUUACAUGCCUACCUGAAGUUCUUAGCAGGCAAGUGAAAUAUGUCUCACGCUGCUUUGCAUUUCUUUUCUUUCUUUCUUUCUUUUUUUUUUAAGAUUUUUUUAUUUAUUUGACAGAGAAAGACACAGCGAGAGAGGGAACACAAGCAGGGGGAGUGGGAGAGGGAGAAGCAGGCUUCCGGCGGAGCAGGGAGCCCGAUGUGGGGUUCGAUCCCAGGACCUGGAAUCAUGACCUGAGCCGAAGGCAGACGCUUAACGACUGAGCCACCCAGGCGCCCCCUGCUUUGCAUUUCUAUAGUGCCUUUAUCGGGUCUAGGGAAGUAUCUACAAAAUUUUCUGUAUCUUCAGCCUCUUCUCUGAAUGUCCUUAUCCUGGAGUGGUAGCUGCUUUUUUCUUUUGCAUACUCUGGAGGAGGGUAUUUUCCUUUCUGUCUGUUGCUACUUCCAGAUCAUUUCUUUAUCUUUCUCCUCCAAAAUCCCAAGCAUCUCUGAAAUACACGCCAUCAGACCGCACCACUUCCUACUUCACCUUGUGAUCAUUUACGGACCUCCUGGUCACUCUUCUGUAUUUGUUGAACAUUUCAGCAUCUGGAUCGAAGUCUCUUUCUUUUUAUCACUACUUUUAUCAUCAUUGUGUACAUUCUCUACAUCAUUACGUAGAUAAUCUAUUUAUGUAUUUCUUUAGGAAAGAGUUUAUAUAUUUGAGACAGAGUGAUCGAGAGAGAGAGCACAAGCUGGGGGAGAGGCAGAGGGAGAGAGAGAAGCAGGCUCCUUGCUGAGCAGGGAGCCUGAUGCGGGGCUCGAUCCCAGGACCCUAGGAUCAUGACCUGAGCCGAAGGCUGACGUCCAACCGACUGAGCCACCCAGGUGCCCCUAGAUAAUCUAUUUAAUUCUUGCUUCUUUGACCAUUUCACUUCCAACGAGAUUUUCCUCCACUACCUCCACCAAGAACUCUUUCAAGCAUUUCACUUUCUGGAUACACCUUCUACCUCCUUUUCAGCUCACUUACUCUAGAGAACCUCCACUGACAUCCAAUCCAUUGACCUGCCACUUUGUCACUAUCCAUCACACCCUUCUGUCUUUCCUUAUUUACUCAGUUUAUUUUCCAUAAUCUAUCACCAUAAUCAUUACCAUGUAUGCACACUUAAUAGCCUUGCCCUCUUUUCCCUUCCCCUUCCUUGUAUUUUCCAGGCAAACCCUAACCCCAGUUAAAGCCAGUUCUCCUAUUCCACAGCUGUACCCAAGCAUUUGUGUUUAACUGGAGGAAACCACCGCCUGUGCCAACUAGUCCCACUUUACAUACGGCUCACCAGCCUCAAGUGGGCCCUUCAUGCUGCCCAGCAACCCUACUACAAUUCCCUAAUCAACUCAUUUGCCCACUUUUUGAGAUGACUCUUUCUAACCUUCUCUUCCCACCUCCCUAUUAAAUAAUAAUAAUAAUAAAGAACAGCAAUCAGCAAAGAAUGGUUAUAUCUUCCCAUCGCUCAAUCUACCAAUGCAUUUGUAUCUGGACCUGUAGACUCAUUUCCCUCCUGUUACAAUAAUAAGAGCUAAUACCUAUAGAGGGCUUACUAUAUGUCCAGCUGUGUGCUGAGUCCUUCACAUGUAUUAAGUUGUUUAAACGUCACUCUGAGUUAGGUAUUAUUAUGAUUCUCCAUCUUACAGAUGGGGAAACUGAGGCCUGGAGGUUUCCUUUUCAGUGCCUUGUCCAGAGUCACAAAGUAAGUAGUCUGACUCCAGAACUCAUUGUCUCAACCACUGCACUGUAUUCGUGAACUGACCUAUCUAAGGUUAGUGCCUCCAUCGUGGACUGGAACCUCAUUCUUCCUGGUCACUUUGUUCCUUCAAAUGUCCCUUCUUUCUCCAGCAACUUUGUUUUUUCUCUCUACUGGAUUAUUCCCAUCAGUUUACAAAAUGCUUUAAACUCUCCCAUCUUAAAAAGCCCUUCCUAGGGGCGUGUGGGUGACUCAGUUGGUUAAGCAUCUGACUCUUGGUUUUGGCUCAGUCCAUGAUUGUGGGGUCCUGAGGUCAGGCUCCACGUUCAGCAGGGAGUCUGCUCAAGAUGCUCUCUCCCUCUGCCCCUCCCUGACUCUCUCAUUCUCUCUCUCUCUCUCUCAAAAAAAAAAAAGCCCUUCCUAGAUUGCCCAUCCUCAUGAUUACUGCACCACCUCUCUGCUUCCUGAUUUACCAACAUUCCUUGGAAGAAUUGCUUUUAUUUGCUGUCUCCACUUCCUCAUUUCUCAUUCUUUCCUCAAUUUGUUUCGGGCAAAAUUUCGUCUCUACCAUGUAAUUAGAACUGCUCUUUUUUUUUUUUUUUUUUAAAGAUUUUAUUUAUUUGACAGAGAGAAAGACAGCCAGAGAGGGAACACAAGCAGGGGGAGUGGGAGAGAGAGAAGCAGGCUUCCCGCCGAGCAGGGAGCCCGAUGCGGGGCUCGAUCCCAGGACCCUGGGAUCAUGACCUGAGCCGAAGGCAGGCGCUUAACAACUGAGCCACCCAGGUGCCCCUAAUUAGAACUGCUCUUAAAAAGUUCACCAUCCUUUCAAAAUCCAAUUCUCAGAUUGCACCCUACAUAAUUUUAUCAGCAACAUUUCACACAUUGGAUAGCUUCCUCCUUGAAUGCUUUCUUCAUACUCAGAUUGCAAUUCUCAGAUUGCACCCUACAUAAUUUAUCAGCAACAUUUCACACAUUGGAUAGCUUCCUCCUUGAAUGCUUUCUUCAUACUCUCUUCUGAUUUCCCCCUUCCUCACUGGCCACUCAUUCUGUAUCCUUUGCUUGGUCCUCCUCCCAGUUUCUAAACAUUGGCAUGCCAAAGGCCAAUUGCUGCACCCUCUUCUCUACUCUGGCCACACUUGCCCUCUAGCUGACCUCAUCUAGCUCCCUAGCUUCACAUACCUGGAUAACUCUCAAUUUUUUUCUCUUCAGACCAAACCUCUCCCUUAGUUUCAGAUUUCCAAAUCCAACGGCCUUCUCGACAUUUCCACUUGAAUAUCUGAUAGGCAUCCUAAACUUGUCCAAAUGUACUCACAUCAGCUUGUCUCUCAUCUUCUUUAUUUCGGUAAAUGGCAACCUUUUUUUCUUUGUUUUCUCAUUAUUUUUCAGUUGCUCAGUAUCCUUGGGUUCAUCCUUGAUUUUUCUAUUUCUUUCACACUUCACUUCCAGUCCAAAUCUGCUAAGCUCUACCUAAAAAAAUACCCAGAGUCUCCACAUUUUCCACAUUUUCACAAUUUCCAUCCAUGCCACCACCAUUCCUCUUUUAGACUACAAGAGUAGCCUCCUAACUGGGCUCCCUCCUUCUACUUUAACCACCUCUCCCUAUCUUGUUCUUUCAUCACACAGUAGCCAGAAUGAUUUUUUUUUUUUACCCUUUUAACUGUUUUUAAGUGUACAGUUCAGUGACAUUAAGUAUAUUUACAUUGCUGUGCAACUAUGACCACCAUUCUUCUCUAGCACUUUUUCAUCUUUCCAAACUGAAACUCUGAGCCUAUUAGACAAUAACUUUCCAUUCUCCUUUUCCUCCAGUACCGGGCAAUUACUUUCUGACUCUAUGAAUUUGAUUACUCUAGGCACCUCAUAUAAAUGGAAUCAUAUGUAUUUCUCCUUUUAUGCCUGGCUUAUUUCACUUAGCAUAAUAUCUUCCAGGUUUAUCCAUGUUUUAGCAUGGGUUAGAUUGUCCUUCCUUUUAAGGCUGAAUGAUAUGCCAUUUUACACACAUACCACAUUUCAUUUAUCCAUUCAUCUGUUGAUGGACAUUGGGUUUGUUUCCAUUUGGGGGCUAUUAUGAAUAAUAUUUCUAUGAACAUUGGUUUACAGAAUGAUUUUCUUAAAAUAAAAAUUAGAUCAUGUCAUUCCCAUGCUCAACACCCUUCAGAGACUUCCAUUCACACUUAGAAUAAAAUCUGAACUCUUUUCCAUGGCUUACAGGGAUCUAUAAAUAUUGCACCACAGCUCCUACACUUUGAUUCUUUUUUCUCCAUAGUACAUACACAUCAUUAUCUGACACUUUAUUGUAUAUUUAUAUUUUGUAUAUAUACAUAUAUAUUUCUCCCAAUAUUACCGCAGAAAGGCAAGCAUUUUUUUCCUGUUGUUUUCACUUAAUCCCCAGCACUUAGAAUAGUACUUGGCUAGCUUGAGAAAUAUUUGUUGAAUGAAUGAAUGACAGAAGCAUGGUAAAUAAUUAUUGACUUAAUGAAUGAGCUGAAAUGAGCUUUAAAAGCAUUGUUUAAUGCUUUAAAAAUAGUCUGAGUUUAGGGGUGCACAGGUGGCUCAGUUGUUAAGCUCUGCCUUCGGCUUAGGUCAUGAUCUCAGAGUCCUGGGAUGGAGUCCUGCAUUGGGGUCCCUGCUCAGUGGGGAGUCUGCUUCUCAAUCUCCCUCUACCCCUCCCUUGCUCAUGCACCCGUGCUCUCUCGAUCUCUCUCUCUCUCAAAUAAAUGAAUAAAAAAAAAAAAAUCUGAGUUUAAAUCUGAGGAAGAAUUUCCCAACUAGGAGGUAGGUGAAGAGAUACAUGGAGGACGUUGGUACCCUAUAGGGUCCUGCAGAGAGGUCAAAAUCAUGCUAGUCUAACAGUAAUCAUUCAUAAUAUUAAUGAGAAUCAUGAUAGUAAUACAUACUAGCAUGUAAUAUAUGCCUGUUAUGUGACAGAUACAUGCUUAUCUCAUUCCAACCACCCUAUGAGGUAGGUAUCAUUGCCACUAUUUUACAGAUGAGAGAACUGGUGGUCCACGGGGUUUAACUAAUUCAAGGUCACACAGUAAGUGGCAAAGCCAGAAUUUGAAUCUAGAAGCUGUCUGACUGAUUCCAGAACCACCAUGUUCUAUUCCUCUUUGUUCGUUUGUUCAUUCAUUCAUUCAUUCAUUCAUUCAUGUAGUUAUUCAUUUAAUAGUUUUUUCAUUAAUACCCUCCUAUGUACCAGGCACUGUGUGAAGUGUUAAGUGUUAAUGAACACAGUCCCUGCUCUCAAGAAGCUUACAGUCUAGGGGCGCCUGGGGGCUCAGUCAUUAAGCAUCUGCCUUCGGCUCCGGUCAUGAUUCCAGGUUCCUGGGAUUGAGCCCCACAUUGGGCUCCCUGCUAGGCGGGAAGCCUGCUUCUCCCUCUCCCACUCCCCCUGCUUGUGUUCCCUCUCUGGCUGUGUCUCUCUCUGUCAAAUAAAUAAAUAAAAUAUUUAAAAAAA